UUCUUUAUUUUUCUCUAAACUAUCGAAACUAGUAUCAUGGCCAACUUGGAUGAGUUUCCUGUGGGUUGGUUUUAUAUUCAGUGUCCAACUCGACAAAAUCAAGUUUUAACAGUUGCAAAUAUGACAAUGCAGCCUUUGACACGGGUAGAAUUGCGCCCAAAAAGAGAUGAAAAGCACCAAUUAUGGUGCUAUCAUGAAGGUCAUUUGGUCAACAAGUAUUCUGGAUGUGUGUUGGGUGUUGAAAAGCAAAAGAUCAGCGAUGCCACUGUUUAUCAGAUAAGAAGACCAAACGACAACAAACCACUGUGGCAAUAUAAAGACAAACAACUCGUAUUUUUACAGGAUUAUGCUCUGAAUGAUUUAGCCGUACCAAGAUUGGUUGAAAAACAAAAUGGCUGCAUAUACCAGCUUUUAUCAGCAGAUUUUUAACAUGCGUGUGCAUAUGUGUGUGAU